UUCAUUCACUCACCUAUAUUCUGCAAAAAAUCUUAAAUUCAAAUUCCUCGACAUAGCCAGACAACUCCAGUAUAGCAACGACCGUCAACUACUCCUGCUAGAAGGAUCCGGCUAAGAUCGCUAGCAAUGCACCCGGAACUUCAAUCGGCACUCAAUGCAUAUCGAUCCAGCCGUUGUUUUGACCCAGAGCGGUAUCUUCAGGCCAAAAGCUCCUUGAUCAACGCAUAUUUCACACAAAGUGGCAUCAGCGGUUGUGUCGUGGGUGUGAGCGGUGGGGUUGAUUCGGCGGUGACACUUGGAAUCAUUGCCCAUGCGGCACGACAACCGGGCUCGCCAAUCCGUCGCAUCCUGGCUCUACUCCUCCCCAUGCAUGGGGAGGGUGCAACCCAUCAAGAUACUGCUUCAUCUCGAGGCGCUGAAGUAGCCGCUGCAUUCGGAGUCCCAAGCGUGACGGUCGAUCUCUCUUCAACCUUGACAGCUGCACGCGAGGCAAGCGUGGCGAGUACUGGAAUCAAAGGAACAGCAUGGGCGUCUGGGCAACUCGUGUCCUACCUACGCACUCCGAUGCUUUACUACCAAACUGCCCUUCUUACAGAACAAGGCUUCCGAUCCAUUGCCUGUGGGACCACCAACCGUGACGAGGGGAGCUACAUUGGAUUCUUUGGCAAAGCUUCCGAUGGGAUGGUCGAUAUCCAGCCAGUUUCGGAUAUCCACAAAAGCGAGGUCUAUCAACUUGCGGAUGGGCUAGGAGUCCCUUCCAGUGUCAUCACCGCUGUACCCACGGGAGAUACUUAUGAUGGUGCAUGCGAUGAAGACAUGAUCGGCGCUCCGUAUGAUGCUCUCGAGAUCUAUACGUGGUAUCUUUGCACUGACCCGAGAGACGGCGGGCCGUGGCGCGCCUCAUUGUGCCCAGAUGCCCAAAGCGAAUUCAUGUCGUGGGAAAAGAAGUUCGAGAGACUGCAUCAGGUCAACACCCACAAGUACAUUGGCGACUCUCCGGCCGUACACCUGGAUCUCUACCCGCGCGCUGUUCCUGGUGGAUGGCGCACACAAGAAGUCGAACAGUUCCCCAACCCGAUUCCACAUGAGGGAGCACUUGCCAUGCGUGUGGGUCCUAUCGAGCUAACAUCGCGACUCAAACACGCUCUUCGUGGUGAUGCACGUAGGGCGACAUCGGUGAAGUCGCUUGCUGACUUUGGAGAAUCGGCCUUGCUGCUCCGUGACGUUUUGAGCGCCCAAGCGUGCGACGAAUUCCUUCGCGAUGCUGUCAACUGGCCAUGGGUUCCUGCCGAUAUUCACGGCAGGGUGCUCGUCCCUAACAGUGAACUACUCGCUGAUGAGGAGGGUAGGGUGAUUGGCUCUUAUCGCUCAACUGCUUAUGAUGAGGAAGUCGCCCAGCUCCUUUGGGAUCGCCUCGCUCCUUCUCUGCCUGGAUUUCGGACAAUGAGCGAUUUCACUCCCACGGACUGGAACGACCAUCCCGUAUGGCGUCCUGUCGGAAUUAAUCCUAUGCUGCGCUUCAUCCGCUAUGAGAAGGGCGGGGCACUUGUUCCACACUAUGAUGCAGGAUUCGAUUUCAAAGAUGGCCGCAAACACACUCUAAUGAGCGUUGUAAUAACAUUGACACCACCAUCACAGGGGUUGGGUGGAAAUACACGCUUUCUAAUCGACCAUCAGCGUUUUCUUCCCCUAGAUGAGCGUAACUAUACGGACCAUGAUACGCAAGCCUCCUCGUGCGAUAUACUCGUCGAAGUACCUGCAAAAGCUGGCGAUGUCCUAGUUUUCGACCACCGAGUCCUCCAUGACGGCUCUACUUGGAAUGGAACGAGUCCAAGGAUCCUCCUACGUACCGAUAUCAUUUACGAACGGUGCUCGUCACAUGCGAUACAUGUCUCGAAAAGAAGUGCGCCGCUACCAUCACUGCCACCUGAGAAAUGGGCACGCGAUCCGACAUUUGCAAAUGCCUAUAGAGUUCUCGGGGGUGUGAAGGAGAUCGAGGAGGCUGGGUACUUCGAGGACGGCUUGGAAUACUCUCCUCGCUCUGACCCGAGAUGGUGGACUGCCCCGUUUGACAAAAUACUGAAAAAUCUGGCACAACAAAAACCGCAAGACUCUUCAAAAGAGCUUUAUGUUCUAGUCAGCACGGGUGCCUUUUCCCCAGUCCACGCUGGGCAUCUCGAAAUGAUGGAACGGGCGAAAAUUGCACUGGAAGAGCGCGGCCAUGCGAUACUCGGCGGCUAUUUAGCACCAGAUCACGAUUCUUAUAUAUCUCGGAAGUGUGGCGCGGAUUUCACACCCGCUGCUCAACGUUUGGACCUCUGCGAACGUGCCAUACGUAACAGUGACUGGUUGAUGGUAGAGCGCUGGGCGGCGCUGCAUGUUCCAGCAGCUGUAAACUUUACAGCUGUCAUCGAAAGACUCGAGAAGCACCUAGCAUACUACGUGCGCACCCACCGCCCCAUUCACAUCGUAUUUGUAUGCGGCAGCGACAACGCGAGAUUUGCAAAAGCAUUUGCUGGACGCGGCUCCUGUGUCUGCGUUCUGCGUCCAGGAUACGAGGCGGAAUUUAAAAGAAUCGCUGAGGAUCCCGUUGUCCAACAGAAUCCCCGGAUUGUGUUUACUCCAAACGUAACUUCUCCUUGGACGUCGUCCAAUGUUCGCCGCGGGGAUAUACAAGCUCUUCCAGAGGAGGUCAAAGAUGAAUGGCUUCGUCUGCGCACAAUCAAUCAUGGUAGGGAUGUCCAAACACCGGGUGUCGUCAGUCUCUACGUCCGUAAUGAAGGCGACUGGGCCGUCCAAUCUUGGGAGCACCUGCCAGGCAUGGAUCCUACCCGUCUCCACCAAGCAUAUCAAACAUUCUCAAAGGGUCUCGUGACCGCUUUAGAAGAAUCCUUUUCUCGCGGCCGGAAGUUGGAAGGUGGUCCCGAUGUCCAAAGCUUCACCCUCGACCUGGACAACCAGAAAAGGAUCUUUCAGGGUAUCGCCGACUCUUCUCCCAUCAUCAGCUUAGACCCUUGUCUCCCCGGCGCCGUCAACAUGGAAGUCUCGCGCUGCUUCGAGCCACUGAGCAGAGUAGACCCGGGCUUCGUCGCUCGUCCCGGCGCAGAGCCGAUUGCUACGCAGCUGGAGCGCCUCGAAAAUACCUCUUAUAUUCUGUUUGACGACGAUACGUUUACGGGCCAUACGCGAGACUAUGUUCGCGCCCUGGUCGAGAGCAGAUGUAGGGUUGCGAAGUUCGCCACGCUCUGUGACGCUUCGGGACCCCUAUCCGCCUCACCAGAAGGAAAAAAGAAGUCAGACUACCCACCUCGCCUGAACCAUGUGGAUUGUAGGGACUUUCUUGUCGGUGCUCGCGAGGCAGGAUUGGUGGUGAGACUACCCGAUGGCUCUCUCUGUCGCGCGCCCUACAUGUUGCCGUAUGUACGUCCGCACUACCAGGCAAGCGUUUAUCUAUCCGAGGAAAUAGAGUUCUCGCGGAGGGUUUGGGGUCUUAAUAGGCGGUUCUUUGAGGAUCUUGGGGCAACGCUAAGGGUCCUGGAUAUGGGCGGUGCUUUUAGGAGGUUGUGCGAGGUGCAGAGCUUUUCGGGAGAGAUGACAAUGGAGGAGUUGUGUGAUUGGCACCUCGAGCACUUAAACACUUCAUCUGUCCCUUCGAAUCCUGACAGCACAUAGUAGGAUAGACUCCUUUGCAAUUAUAAAGUACAGCACCUAGUUAGCCUUAGAUUUAUAGAUCAAUUUUAGUCACUUCAUGACAGUUAUUUACAUUGGCGCUAGGCGAAGAAGUUACAGCGAUUGCCCUGGGAAAU